UGUGUUGGCGAAAUAUGGUAGCAACUAACAGUUUGAUGAACCGGCGUUAAUCCCCGUUUAUGGGGGAUUUGAAAGACUAAUUAAAAACUAGAUACUCUCAGAAUAUGUGGUGUUCAGACUGAACGCCACUGCGAGAUGUUUUAUUUUUUAAACUGACAGAUAGGUCCAUUUUUCGAUCAGUCGGUGCUGCCAAAUUGUGUUAUGUGUUUACUGUAAAGAGGAGAGUGCGUCACUAUACAAGAUGGACACUGCCGAGGAAGCUGAUAUAUGCAGGGUCUGUCGGUCAGAGGGAACUCAAGACAAGCCUCUCUACCAUCCUUGUGUCUGCACUGGAAGUAUUAAAUUUAUUCACCAGGAAUGCUUGGUUCAGUGGCUGAAACACAGCAGAAAAGAGUACUGCGAAUUAUGCAAGCAUAGAUUUGCUUUCACACCAAGUCGCAUCUAUAAGUGUCUGUUUACAGGCUCAGUGAGCUCCCUCCUGACUCUGCCAUUAGACAUGCUCUCCACGGAAAACCUGCUAGCGGACUGUCUGCAGGGCUGCUUCGUGGUGACCUGUACCCUGUGUGCUUUUAUCAGUCUGGUGUGGCUCAGAGAGCAGAUCGUCCAUGGAGGGGCUCCUCUGUGGCUCGAACAGAACCAGCAACAACCUGCCAAUGCUGCAGGACAGCCCAACGAGGCUCCUGGCCCAGGAAACGGGGGAGCUGAGAACCAGCCCAUGCCGGCUCCAGCUGACCCCCCGGCAGAGAACGCGGCGGCGGCGGCGGCUGCUGCGGAGGUUCCCGACAUCCCGCCAGACCCGGCCGAAGAUCUGGAGCUUGACAACGAGGAUGAAGAGGAGGCAGGAGCGGAGGAUGUUGCAGACGCCAACAAUGGAGCACAAGAUGACAUGAACUGGAACGCUCUAGAGUGGGACCGCGCUGCAGAGGAGCUGACGUGGGAAAGGAUGCUAGGACUUGACGGCUCUUUGGUUUUCUUGGAGCACGUCUUCUGGGUGGUCUCACUGAACACACUCUUUAUCCUGGUGUUUGCUUUCUGUCCAUACCACAUUGGGCAUUUUUCUGUGGUGGGACUUGGCUUCGAGGAAUAUGUUCGUGCCUCACACUUUGAGGGUCUCAUCACCACCAUUGUGGGCUACGUCCUUCUGGCCAUCACGCUUAUUGUCUGUCACGGAUUAGCUGCAUUGGUGAGAUUCCAAAGAUCACGCCGCUUGUUGGGGGUCUGCUACAUAGUCGUUAAGGUCUCUCUGUUAGUGGUGGUUGAGAUCGGUGUGUUCCCUCUAAUCUGUGGCUGGUGGCUCGAUAUUUGCUCACUGGAAAUGUUUGAUGCCACACUGAAAGACAGAGAGUUGAGUUUUGAAUCAGCUCCUGGCACAACCAUGUUCCUCCACUGGCUUGUGGGAAUGGUCUACGUCUUCUACUUUGCCUCCUUCAUUCUCCUUCUGAGAGAGGUGCUCAGGCCUGGCGUCCUUUGGUUUCUCAGAAACCUGAACGAUCCUGAUUUCAAUCCAGUCCAAGAAAUGAUCCAUCUGCCCAUAUACAGACACCUCCGAAGAUUUAUUCUAUCAGUGGUUGUGUUUGGGUCCAUAGUUCUCUUAAUGCUGUGGUUACCAAUACGGAUAAUCAAGCACAUCUUACCCACGUUCCUUCCCUACAAUGUGAUGCUGUACAGUGAUGCCCCAGUGAGCGAGCUGUCACUGGAGCUUCUCUUGCUGCAGGUGGUCCUGCCUGCUCUGCUGGAACAGGGACACACACGCCAGUGGCUCAAAGGUCUGGUCCGUGCCUGGACUGUCACCGCUGGCUACUUACUAGACCUCCACUCUUAUCUGCUGGGGGAUCAGGAGGAGAAUGAGAACAAUGCCAAUCAGCAGGCCAAUAACAACCAGCAGGCCCGCAACAACAACAACGCCAUCCCAGUGGUGGGAGAGGGACUGCAUGCCGCGCACCAGGCCAUACUCCAACAGGGAGGGCCUGUGGGUUUCCAGCCCUACCACCGGCCAAUGAAAUUCCCUCUCAGGAUUGUACUGCUUAUUGUGUUCAUGUGCGUGACACUGCUCUUGGCCAGCUUGGUGUGUCUCACAUUACCAGUGUUCGCCGGCCGCUGGCUGAUGUCUUUCUGGACGGGCAGCGCCAAGAUCCACGAGCUGUACACGGCGGCCUGCGGCCUGUACGUGUGCUGGCUGUCGAUCCGAGCCAUCACCGUCCUGCUGGCCUGGAUGCCUCAGGGUCGCCGGGUCAUCCUACUGAAAGUCCAGGAGUGGACGCUCAUGAUCAUGAAGACCCUGAUUGUAGCGGUGCUGUUGGCAGGGGUCAUUCCCCUCUUACUGGGACUGCUGUUUGAACUGGUUAUAGUGGCCCCGCUCCGGGUGCCGCUGGACCAGACCCCUCUCUUCUACCCCUGGCAGGACUGGGCGUUAGGAGUGCUGCAUGCCAAAAUCAUAGCGGCCAUCACGCUGAUGGGGCCUCAGUGGUGGCUGAAGACUGUCAUUGAACAGGUGUAUGCCAAUGGAAUCAGGAACAUUGACCUCCAUUUCAUCAUCCGUAAGCUGGCUGCUCCAGUCAUCGCUGUGUUGCUGCUUUCUCUGUGUGUACCUUAUGUCAUUGCUGCUGGCGUCGUGCCCAUGAUCGGCGUUACCAUGGAGAUGCAGAACCUGGUGCAGAGACGAAUCUACCCGUUCUUGCUCAUGGUAGUGAUGCUGAUGGGCAUCCUGUCGUUCCAGAUCCGACAGUUCAAGCGCCUUUACGAGCACAUCAAGAACGACAAGUAUCUUGUCGGACAGAGACUUGUGAACUAUGAACGCAAAGCUGGCAAACCCAGUCCCGCCGCACAGAGCAGCCCUGCGCAGGAGUAA